AUGAAAAGGGAACACACGAUGAGUCAAGAGAAUUUAUCGAGCAGCGGCAGCUCAAGCUCGUCGAGCAAGGCUAAGAUGUGGCAGUGCGAGGCGGAGGACGCCGGCGUGGACGAGCUCUUCGCCGUCCUUGGGUACAAGGUGAGGCCGUCGGACAUGGCCGUGGUGGCCCAGAAGAUCGAGCAGCUGGAGGAAGCCAUGGGCAGUGCCCCCCGCGACGGCCUCUCUCACCUCGCCUCCGACACCGUUCACUACAACCCCUCGGAUCUCUCCUCCUGGCUCGAGUCCAUGAUCUCCGGCCUUAACCCGCUGCCCGACUUCGAUUCCUGCUCAGAUCCCUUUCUGGACUCCUCCUCCUCCCUCGACAACUGCUCCGCCAGCGUCACCAGCACCCGAUUGAUGCCCGACUCUGAUUUCGGGUCGGAUCUCAUUGCCAUACCUGGAAAAUCCGCCUACCCCAGACCCGCCCACCUCCCUCCGCCGCAGACCAAAAGGCUGAAGACCUCUCCCUACCUGCUAGGAGGCGAUUCCGGCGCCAGCACGCUCGGGGACUCAACCUUCGUCCGUCCUGUUGAGUCGACCCGGCCGGUCGUCCUGGUUGACUCGCAGGAGAACGGCGUUCGACUCGUCCACACUAUGAUGGCCUGCGCGGAGGCCGUCCAGCAGGACAAUCUCAAACUCGCCGAGACCCUCGUCAAGAACAUAGGCUAUCUAGCCGCCUCACAAGCCGGCGCCAUGAGAAAGGUGGCCACCUAUUUCGCCGAGGCCUUAGCCAGAAGAAUCUACCGACUGCACACAAACCCCCAAUACGACGACGCAGCCCUCGCCGAUUUGCUAGAAACCCACUUUUACGAGACCUGCCCUUAUCUCAAAUUCGCCCACUUCACCGCGAAUCAAGCCAUCCUCGAAGCCUUCGCCGGCAAGACCCGUGUCCACGUCAUCGACUUCAGCAUGAAACAAGGUAUGCAGUGGCCGGCCCUCCUUCAGGCCCUUGCCCUGAGGCCCGGCGGGCCGCCCAGCUUCAGGCUGACCGCCGUGGGCCCGCCCUCCGGCGAACUCGGGCUGAGACUCGCCAAGCUGGCCGAGUCGAUCCAAGUCGAGUUCGAGUACCGCGAACUCGUCAUGAACUCUCUAACCGAUCUCGACAUAGCCAUUUUAGCCCCGAGAAAAGACGAGACAGUGGCCGUGAACUCCAUCUUCGAGCUCCACCGCCUGCUAGGCUUUCCCGGCGCUAUCGAGAAGGUUCUGGAAACCGUCAAGGAACUGAGGCCCGAGAUUUUCGCCGUGGCCGAGCAAGAGGCCAGCCACAAUGAAAGCAGGUUCAUGGACAGGUUCACGGAGUCCUUGCACUACUACUCGACGCUCUUCGAUUCUUUGGAAGAGUGUGGGCCCCACGGGGAGCAGGACAGGUUGAUGACGGAGGCCUACUUGGGAUGGCAGAUUUGCAAUGUGGUGGCGUGUGAGGAUGUGGACAGGGUCGAGAGGCAUGAAGUGCUUGCGAGUUGGAGGGAGAGGUUUGGGUUGGCGGGGUUUGAGUCGGUUCACUUGGGGUCGAACGCGUACAAGCAGGCGAGUAUGCUGCUGGCGCUGUUUGCGGGUGGGGAUGGGUAUAGAGUGGAAGAGGAUGAUGGGUGUUUGAUGUUGGGGUGGCACACGAGGCCGCUUGUUGGGACCUCGGCUUGGAGAGUGAGGUGA